AUGGCCACGACCAAGCCAAUCACAACCCACGAGGGCAUCUACAUCAACCCCUCUGCUGCACUAUACACCCACGAAACAAGCACAGCUCGGGAAGCAGAGAUUACGGACCCCACGAAAAUCAAGGCUUAUCAUGAGUCGCUGCCGAACUUCAAUACUACAUCUCUUCACAACCUGCCGUCUCUGGCUAGCCCAUUAGGCUUGCAGGGCCUGCUGAUUAAGUCCGAAUCGUCGCGUCUGGGUUUACCGGCCUUCAAGAUCCUGGGAGCUAGCUGGGGCGUGUACAGAGCGUUGUGCCGUGAGCUUGAUGUAGUGCCUGAUCCGGACGUUACGGCUCUGGAAGUUUUGAGGGAAAGACUCGGUCAGCAGGCUAGUGAAGGAUGGACGUAUGUGCUUUUUGCGGCUACAGAUGGUAACCAUGGACGAGCUGUUGCGCGGAUGGCUAAGAUUUUGCUGCCAGACCAAGAAGAAAGGGGGAUGAUCUAUGUGCCUGAGGGCAUGUAUGAGACGACAAAGAAGCUCAUUGAGGGCGAAGGUGCAGAGGUGGUCACUGUAAAUGGAGAUUACGACAAAGCCGUGGAACGGUGCUGGGAAGCCAGCGAGGGCUUUACAAAGAGUGGUAAAGGCGUCGGAGUCAUGGUACAGGACAAUGCGUUCGGCGAGUACAAGACUGUUCCGGGCUGGGUUGUGGACGGGUAUUCGACACUUUUGUCCGAAGUUGACGAGCACUUUGCGGCUUUGCAACAAGAGUUCAAGAAGCCCAUCACACACAUCGUAACACCAAUUGGCGUUGGCAGUCUUGGCAAGGCGGUGGUGAAGUGGGCGAAAACUGCAGCUCGUGAGCAUAAAGUGCGAGUAAUUGCUUGUGAGCCUGAGACGGCCGCGUGUCUGAAUGUGAGUUUGAAAGCUGGAGAAAACACGACAAUUGAGACAAUCGACACCAUCAUGAGUGGUAUGUGCUGUGGUACUGUUAGUCCAACAAGUUGGGAGGCGCUGAGAGAUGGAGUGGAUGCGAGUGUGACUGUAGGAGAUUGGGAAUGUCAUCAGACAGUGCUCGAACUGCUUGAAAAAUACGAGAUAGAGGCUGGACCAUGUGGAGCUGGAUGUUUGGCAGGUUUGAGGAAAGUGCUUGAUAGUGAGCAAGCUAGAAGUGCGUUAGGUCUUGGUGAGGAUAGUGUCGUUGUUGUGCUAAGCACAGAAGGAAGGAGGGAAUAUCCAGUGCCGCAGAAAAAAUAA